AUGUCGACCCGCGCUAGUCGCGCUGCCGCCCGGCAGGCUCUUGAACAGCCUCUACCGCCUCCUACUCCUCCACUGUCUCUGCCACCCGUUACCCUUGAUGCUCGUGGCUUCCCGUACAUCUUCCAUCGUAUCGUCGAGUUAGCUCCUGGGCCAACCCUCCUACGGCUCCGGGCCACAUGCAAAGGCCUCCGCGAGCGAGCAGAUGUCGCUCUCCUCCGGCACAUCGUCUAUGAUGGUGAAUCCCUCUCCACGCCGGACGGCACGUUACUCCCACCCCGUCGCUGGCUCAAAUCACACAAACAACACGUCCGCGUCGUCGAGUUCUCGCGCAGGCUCAUGCCAUCCGACAAUACCGAGCUGGAAACGGAAAUCCUCGCGGGCGAUGGUCUACCCAACUGGGUGGGGUCUCUCGAGCACGUGCAGUCCAUCCUGUGUCCGUGGACCUGGUAUCUCUCUGGUCCCAUCCCCGCGAGCAGCACGUACGUUUCGACAGAGAUCCCUUUCCGCUUUAAACAGGGAGACAAGCUUGCCCUCCGACCCGAAGCCCGUAUCGUUGUGUUUGUACACGAGAAGCGAGCCGCGGUCGAGCUGCCCGACUUUAUCCGCGACUUUGGGAUGGAAGACUUCAACGCCACGUAUAUCUUUUGCGAGCCGGAGAACCGAAAUAGGCGACCAGGCGACGUGAUCGCCCGCAUGCUUACGAUUCUUGGUCGCGCCCUCACCUCUGACGAAACCAAACUCAACUUCACGCUUGUCAACACCGAGGCUUGGGCCAAGAAGAUGAACAAGAAACUCAUGGAGCAGAUGCGCGCCGACUCUGGCUUCGAUGAGGACGAGUUUGAGGGGCGGGUGCGCUUCCUCACCCUCGACGAGUAUGCGGUGACGGUGGGGCAGGCACAGUUCGAGCUCGAGAUGGGGCUGAAUCAGCGCGAGAUGGAUCUGGAAUACGGGGAUACGCAGUCCUGA